AGCUUCGUCGUCGUCGUCUUCGAUCCGUCGACUUGCCCGAAGCGCCAUGGGCCUCGCCGCGAUAAUCAUUCCACUCCUCGUCGCCGUGCUUUGUUGUCCGGGAUGCGGUCGCGCCGCAUACGCGCGACCACGCUUCCACGAGUACGGAUCCGCGGAGCAAAUCCCGGCGGAGAAGCACACCGCGUCGCACGGGCCGCAGAGCGACGCCGGCGACUUCUCCGGCGACCCUUACAGCGCGUACCCCGGCCUGGGCUUCGGGCCCAUGGGUCCGGUCGUCCGUUCGGCUCUACCGAACGACGCCACUCUACGCAGCCUCUCUUCGGGCAGCGACGCCGGGCAGCAUCCCGAGGGCACGCAACAACUCUCCGCGCUCCCCGGCGACUCUUCCUCGGAGCACGCCGUUGAGCAAUCACCGAAGCCAGAGUAUCAUGUCAUCACCGUCGAGUUUCCCCGCGUUGAGACACCGUUUGUCAUCGGGAUAUGGAUCUUCUUCGCCAGUCUCGCGAAAAUCGGCUUCCACAUGACGCCGAAGCUCAACAAGAUCUUCCCAGAGUCCUGCUUGCUGAUCGCCGUCGGCGUGAUUAUCGGCCUCCUGCUGUUCCAGGCGAGCAGCGUUCACGUGUCACCGCUGACCCCCGAUACCUUUUUCCUGUACAUGCUGCCGCCCAUCAUCCUGGAUGCCGGCUACUUCAUGCCCAAUCGGCUGUUCUUCGACCAUCUCGGAACGAUACUGCUGUUCGCCGUCCUUGGGACUAUAUUUAAUACCAUGUCGAUAGGUGCGUCAUUAUGGUUAUUGGGGAAAAGCGGCAUAUUCAAUUGUGAAACGCCCAUCCUCGACAUGUUUCUAUUCUCGGCGUUGAUCAGCGCCGUUGAUCCUGUGGCAGUGUUGGCCGUCUUCGAGGAGAUCCAUGUUAACGAGAUACUCUACAUCGUCGUAUUCGGAGAGAGUUUAUUGAACGAUGCGGUCACUGUCGUGCUCUAUCACAUGUUCGAGACGUACAGCGAGAUGGGCACUUCUAGGAUCAUCUACACGGAUGUGCUAGCUGGCUUAGCCUCGUUCUUGGUAGUGGCGAUCGGCGGUGUGUUCAUAGGUAUAGUUUGGGGUUUCGCUACUGGCUUCGUGACCAGAUUUACUUAUCAGGUGCGCGUGAUCGAGCCGAUCUUCAUAUUCGUGAUGGCGUACUUGGCUUACCUCAGCGCUGAGAUCUUCCACUUAUCCGGUAUAUUGGCAAUAACCUUUUGCGGCAUUACCAUGAAGAAUUAUGUCGAGGCCAAUAUAUCACACAAGUCCCACACGACCGUCAAGUACACAAUGAAGAUGCUGUCGAGUAGCUCGGAGACAAUCAUUUUCAUGUUUCUUGGUGUCGCCACGGUGAACAAUUCUCACAACUGGAAUACAUGGUUCAUCGUCAUGACGAUACUCUUCUGCUCCAUUUAUCGGGCUGUGGGCGUGAUAGUGCUCACGGCACUGGCAAACCAAUUCCGGCUGCACAAAUUGGAUAAAGUGGAGAAGUUUGUGAUGUCCUAUGGGGGUUUACGCGGCGCAGUGGCGUUCGCUUUAGUGCUUCUCAUAGAUCCCAAACACGUACCCCUGCAGCCCAUGUUCGUCACUACCACUAUCGCCGUAAUCUACUUCACCGUGUUCAUCCAGGGAAUCACCAUCAAACCCCUCGUCAGGAUUCUCAAUGUCAAGAGGGCCGAGAAGAGAAAGCCGACAAUGAACGAGAGAAUCCAUGAGAGGAUAAUGGAUCAUACGAUGGCAGGUAUCGAGGAUAUUCUGGGAAAACACGGCAACUAUCACGUGCGAGAUAAAUUUAAACGAUUCGACAAUAGAUUCAUACGACCUUAUCUCGUGAGAAAUCACUGUGGCGCCGAGCCGAAAAUUUUGGAAACCUACUCGAAGCUGGCGAUGAAAGAUGCGUUGGAUUACAUAAGAAGAAAUGCCUCCACUAUCGGCAAUAUUAGCGGCACCGAAAGUAUGUCGGCGAUAUUUCGUAAUUAUAGUAAUACCGGACACUUUAACGGAAGGUACGGAAUUCUUGUGGUGACAAUUGUCGUAUUGAAUAAAAGCGAUCUAAUCACAUUCUUUUUCUCUUUCAGUCCCAGCUGUAGCCAACUCGAGGCCGGAUGGAAUAUCGAUCUUCAGGAACUCGAGUACAAUCCUUCCAAAAAAGACCUAACGGACGCGAGAAUUCACCAUUUACUCGCCGAGGAGCUUUGUAAACCGUACAAAAGGCAUCGGCGUUUGAGCUACAGUCGACACGCAGUAAACGAUCGCGAUUUGUCAACACAAGUCAAUUACAAAAUGCACAUGAAUAUCCGACGGAUGAUGGGAGAACAUAAGCAUCGCCAUAAACGCAGCAAAAAGUUGCUCAAAGACGGCAAACAAAAUCAUGUUAGUUUCCCAGAAUUUCAACAAAACGGUUCGACAAAAUUAUUUACGCAAGAUUACAUCAAUGGCGUGCUGUACGAGUUAGAAAACGGAGAAACCUCGAAGCCUUCCAGCAAAGAGGAUUUGGAUUCGGCGAUCACAUUCACUGCACGAACGUCCGAUUCGCCCAAUGUAAACGCAGACAAUCAACACGCUACCACUGCUACUACGUCGAUGGAUACAAUAAAUAUGGACGAAGGAGAUUUGAAAAUAGGACGCGACGGCGCAGAAAGCUAUAGGGUAACCACCCCUACGGCCACGGAAACUAUGUUACCGUGGAAACGUGAGGACGAUUAUGAGUCAGGUCAUCCGAUCAAGCAGAACGAAUUUCCAGCUUGGUGCUCCAAUAAGGAAUACCUUGCCUACAGCUCGCCAUCCGCCACUUUCUUAGGUGGGAUCGAACAGCCGAAAGUCCAAUCCGUGAUUGGCCUAUUUCGACGCGAGAGCGUGUGCACGCCCGACAGUAUCGAUUGCCAGGAGACUGUCGACGAAGCGGACGAGACGGACGAGUACACUCCCGCGAAAAUGGAUUCCCCCGCUAAAACCAAGGGCAAUCCGAAAGUGCCCGCGAGACGGAGGGUGUCGAUGAUGGAGCUCGGCUCCGGGCGGACGCACUCGCUGGACAAGACGGCGGCGGACGACGGUUCUCAUUCCUUGCCAGAUUGCUGGAGCGGCCAGAGGAUGCGUAUUAACUCCUUCGCCUGCUCGUCUCAGAUGCCGAGCCUGUCGACCGCUUUAAUCACCUCCUCCACGUCGGAGUCGUCGGAGGACGUGGACGACGAGGAGGAAGAGGAGAAGGCUUGACCCUUGGGGGCCGUCGCCGAGGAACGACUGUCCGUUUACGCGGACGUCGAGCGUCGACGGCGUCGAUUCUUCCGACGACCACCGCGACAUUCAUUGCUCACCUCGCUCCUGCGACGCCCAAGUGCCCCCGUUUGAGAGGAUCUGCCCUUGACAAGCCGCCUUUUGCGGGAAGAAACUGAUGAUAACGAACCGCGGUCCGAAUCUUGUUGAUACGUUCUGCUCUGUAAUUGUGUAAAAUCGCGAGAAGCGAUGAAAAAUGCGUCGAUGUUUUCAAUUUGGAUUUUGUACGAGAAGAAAUAUAUUUAUAAGGAAACGCGAAAAUUCGCGAUGAUUAGAAAAAGUUUACGCGCGAGGAAAAAGAAAAGAGAAGAAAGAUAUUUUUCUAAAAGUUAAGUGAUAAGUUUUUCUCCGCUUUUAUAACUCAAUAAAUAAUCUCAUUAAAGCGGCAUCUUUUACUUGCGUUAGAUACUCUGAUCGUUACGCGAAUUCGAAGGAAAUAGAAUGAUAGAUAAACGAUGAUAGAAAAGUUUCAAUGACCGUUAUUUUUCCUGCAAAAAAAAAAAAAAAAAUUCGCGAAAACGAAGGUGCUUGUCGAGAGCAAGGGCUUAUUUCUAAAUCCGUCUGUAAGGACUAUCUUGGAAUCGUGGCCUUAAGGACUGUGGAAGUAUUUGAACGCCGAUGAUCUGCACGCGCUAUCGUCGUCGUUGUAAUCAUCGGUGCAAAAUUCUUUUGUCGGUGCUAUCGGUAAAUAUCUUGUCAAGAGAAAUCAUUGCGCGGCGUCGCAAAUGACUUGUCCCCAAGAUUUACCACGAGUUCCUUCUCUCGGAGGUUGAUCUGAUGAUGAGCUCACACCGCGAUCGCGUUGUCCGAUCAUCGCUGCUGUGUGCUUCGCGACUUAAGCUGUAAUCAGAUUAUCAACUUGAAAUUACAUGCAAAAUCGAAUGAAAAUGCACCUGUUGCAAUUGUCAUUUGAUCAAGUGAAGGUACACAUUCAUUUCACUUGUUGUAGCCCAAGUCGCUAGUCUGAUCGCAGCUUCUGACAUUAGGUGUGUUGCGUCAUUAGCAGUCCCGUUAUCAUGGUUUUUGACGCAUGUACGCACGCAUGCAUGACACGCAGUGGUAUGCCGCGGUAUAGAUGAUUACCCAUAGCGGCGCAUCUCCAGCCGAAUUUAGGAAAUUACUUUUUAAGCGAACGAUUGUGCGAUAUUCAGUCAACUGUCAUUAUAUGACAGAACCAGAGCGAGUGAGAUGCAUUGCAGGCGCGCCGUUCUCCCUUCGAGUAUGGCCUUAAAAAAAAUUUUUCCUGUAAAAAAUGCGAAUACUCGUGUAUAAUAUGGUGCAUGUGGUGCGUAUAAUACACUGUCACAACACAUUGUUAAUAUCGGCACCACGGCACUACUUGGUCAAUAUUUAGCGAAAAAAAAAGCAGCAGCAUGUACAUAUAAAUUUUCUUAGAAAAAAAUACGCUAGAAAAUUGUCGGCAUCCUCAUCGUCAUUUUCUCAACAAAAGCAUCCUCAUCCUUACUAUUUUUAUUAACAUUUAGUAUUAUUUUAUCGCUUCAGAAAAAGAAAGAAAAAAAAGAGGCACAUAAUGCGACCAUUAGAGUAUUCAGUAUUCUAGUUAUUAUUGUUACACUUGUUACUCUAUCUCGCUAGUGAUGAUACUAGUGCUACUAAUAAUCAAUAAUGCGAUUAUAUAGCCAUCGCUCGACGCAGACAGGAAGCGGAAACUCUGCCGAACUCUGCUACAUUUCGAAAGUCGAGGGGAACAUUGACAGAAAUGUUUGAUAACUGGAGAUAAUUGAUUUUAAUUAUUAAAAUAAUGUAGAAAAUAUUAUAUAAUGAAGUUAUAUUAAACGAGAUCAUUUCGCGAAUGAUGGAACCUUGUCAUCAAGCGUCUGGAAAAAUUUUACACGUAGAAAAUGAAAUCGUGAUCUUUCUCAAUUAUUUUUCGCAUCACUUAUAAUGAUGAAUAGCAAUCUUAUUAAUGCUAUAAUUAGCUUAGUCUUUUAAUAAAACCGAACUCUUUUUAAUAUUUUACUCCAUGAUCCUUGGAGACAUUUUUAUACGCUUAUACUUUUUUCUAGAUGAUAUUGCAGAGCACUUGAUUGAGCAUACAUGAUGUCUGAUAUUGAACCAUUUUCGCACAAGGGUGACAGGGUAAUAUAAAUUUGCUUUAUCAAAAAAAAGACAAACAAAAAAAAUGGAAAGUUGCCUCCGACAAUGAUUUUGCACGGAUACAUUGGGAGUUCCCCUCGCAUGGAAUAUUCCUUGCGGCCUUUAGUUACUUAGACCGAAUAAAAAACGUCAGACUAGUUUUUAGACGCUAGUCUCAACGCUGUUGAUUUGUUAAAAAAAGGAAAAAUAAAUGUUUAUUUCUUAAAAGACCGUUA